AUGGAGAAGAAACAUGGUUCAAGUCUAAUGGAAGAUGAAGAACUGGAAGAAUCAGAAAAUAUAAUAAUAAAUGAAGUCGAUGGAUUACCAAAUUUACAUCCUAAUUAUCAACAAUUAGGGCUAGAAUUUGAUGUAGAAAAAGGACAUUCAGAUACAAGUACAAGGUCUAUGGAAGAUUUAGUGCAUGAUGAAGAUUUACCAACAUCAGUUAUUGUAACUAAUGUAGAUCCACGAGUUUUUAAAAGUGAUGAGUUAAAGCAUGAAAUAGAGGACCUUUUCAAACAGUUUGGGGAAGAUGCUACAUUUCAAUAUUUCAGAUCAUUUAGAAGAAUGAGAGUAAAUUACAGUUCUCCGAAUGCAGCAGCAAAUGCUAGGAUACAGCUGCAUCAAACUCACUUUGGUGAAACCAAUAUCAACUGUUAUUUUGCACAACCUGUUACGCCAAUAGAUGUAGAAGACCAACAUCUUCAACCACCAGCACUUACUAAACAGUUCCUAAUUUCACCACCUGCUUCACCACCUAUUGGAUGGGAGCCUAGAGAGGAAAGUGAACCUUUAGUCAAUCAUGACUUAUUGGCAGCUAUAGCAAAUUUAUCUGCAGGAGGUAGCCAUGAAUUACACCCUGGAGGUUCAGGACAACCUGGCAUAGUUGUACACGUUUGUGAAACAACAAAUCCUAUGAAAAAUGUUCCACGUAUUCAACAUACACGUUGUCCAGAACAUUCAUAAACAGCUCUAUUAGAAAUAUUGUCCAUCCUUUGACAAUGAAUUAUUUAUCCAUCCAAGAAGCAAUUA